AUGCCGAGGCCCGGUCAGGUGUUGGGGUUAGUCGGCACGAACGGGAUCGGGAAGUCCACCGCGCUGAAGAUUUUGAGCGGGAAGCUCAAGCCGAACCUAGGGAAGUUCACCGCGCCGCCGGAUUGGCAAGAGAUCUUGAACUACUUUCGCGGUUCCGAGAUCCAAAACUACCUCACGCGCAUCUUAGAAGACGACAUCAAGGCGCUCAUCAAACCGCAGUACGUGGACCACAUCCCGAAAGCGGUGAAAGGGCAGGUCAUGGAGUGCCUCGAGAAGCGAGACGAACGAGGGACGAUCGACUACCUCGUCCGCGAGCUCGACCUCGAAAACGUCUUGGACCGCGAGGUCAAGGCGUUGUCGGGCGGGGAGCUGCAGCGCUUCGCGAUCGCGAUCGUCGCCGUGCAAGACGCGGACUGUUACAUGUUCGACGAGCCGUCGUCGUACCUGGACGUGAAGCAGCGUCUGAAGGCGUCCCGGGUGAUUCGGUCGCUGAUCGCGAUCGAAAAGUACAUCAUCGUCGUCGAGCACGAUCUCUCCGUGUUGGAUUAUCUCAGCGACUUCAUCUGCUGUCUGUACGGCAAACCCGGCGCGUACGGCGUCGUGACGAUGCCGUUCGGCGUCAGAGAGGGGAUCAACAUCUUCCUCGCGGGGUUCGUCCCCACGGAAAACUUACGGUUUCGAGAGGAGGCGUUGACGUUCAAGGUGGCGGAGACGGCGGACGAGCGCGAGGGCGGACAGGACACGAAAUUUUUGCGGUUCAAGUACCCCGCGAUGAAGAAGACGCAAGGGAACUUCUCGCUCACGGUGCACGAGGGCGAGUUCACGGACACGGAGAUCAUCGUGCUGCUCGGCGAGAACGGCACGGGGAAGACGACGUUCAUUCGCCUCAUCGCGGGACUCGUCAAGCCCGACGAGGAGAUGGACGACCUCCCGGAGUUCAACGUGUCGUACAAGCCGCAGAAGAUUUCGCCCAAGUUUGAGUCCACCGUGCGCGACUUGCUUCACAAGAAGAUCAGGGACUCGUACUUGCACCCGCAGUUCAUCUCGGACGUCAUCAAACCUCUGAACAUCGAACAGCUCAUGGACAACCAGGUCGUGACGCUGUCCGGCGGCGAGCUGCAGCGCGUCGCGCUGACGCUGUGCAUGGGGCAGCCCGCGGAUCUCUACCUCAUCGACGAGCCGUCCGCGUACUUGGACUCGGAGCAACGCAUCUGGGCGUCGAAGGUGAUCAAGCGGUUCAUCAUCCACAGUAAGAAGACCGCGUUCAUCGUCGAGCACGACUUUAUCAUGGCGACGUACCUCGCGGACAGGGUCGUGGUGUACACUGGGACGCCGGCGUUGGAAUGCGAAGCCGCGACGCCGUGCGGGCUCUUGCAAGGGAUGAACGCGUUUUUGAAACACCUGGAGAUCACGUUCCGCAGAGACCCGACGAACUACCGCCCGCGCAUCAACAAGUUCGCGUCGACGAAGGAUCAGGAGCAGAAGGAGCUCGGGAACUACUACUACAUCGACGACACCUGAUCGUCGACGUGCGCGUAGUUAGGUGGGGGCGUAGAGAGGUGGGGGGGGGCGACACGGUUGUCAAUACGAAGAAACAAAUUCAUCGAA